GGAGGGGCCUCUCGGCCCGCCAUGCCCGUGCUUCAAAAUGGGGACCCCUCGCUGAGGGCCUAUUUCAAGAAGCACGCCAUCCCGGACAUCUACGAGGCCUUGUUAGGUGGUUUAUUAAUUAUGUGUCCAGAGGAUCCACUCAGAUUUUUAGAAGAAAAAAUCAAAGAAAUAAUGGAAAAGGGUUUAUAUAGUAUUAUAUGGAAUAUGUGUAUCGAUCCAGAGUUGAGCCUGAAGCUAAAGGUGCUUUCGGAAACAUAUUUACAUACACUUUUAGGCCUUGAUGAUGACCAGCUGAUGACCUUAGAGUUAUGUGAUAAAGCAUGGGACUUUUAUAGCACUAAUCUAAAGAGAAUGUGCUUUGACGCAUGGAUCAAAUAUUGUGAAAUGAAGAGGGCUGCUGAAAAACUGCUACAGAAAAAGUUGGCAUUUGCAAGACACCAUUAUACCAGCAAACUACUAAAAUUAAUAAUAAGGAAAUGGAAUGAUUGGGUGAAAUUUCACAAGCAAGUGCAGAAACGGGCAAUAAGAAAGAUAAGAAAAAUCUUUGAAACUACGUUGAAGAAUAUGAUCUUUAAGGCCUGGCGAAAGCAUGCUAUUUCAACUAGAAAGCCUAAAAAGUCUAUAGAGCAUCCUAUGUCAGAAUCGGACGAUCUUUUUUUUGUUGAAAGCUCCCACAAUGAAGCACGCGAAAGACGACAUUCUGAGAAACGUCGUUCUGCUGUGCCGCAUAAACAUGUGAUGGAAGAAGGCUUACCCAUAUUCCACAUGAAAUCAGGCAGAGACCAUUUCGCAAAGAUGCUUACACAGCCAUUAUCCCAGGUUUUCCAGUAUUUAAACAUAGUUGACUUGGCAAGGUGUGCUCAGGUUAGCCAACAUUGGAAGGCCAUGACACAAGUGGGGUUAGUAUGGAGUCAUAUUAAUUUUUCUGCAGUGAAAGACAUUAUAACAGAUAAUGUGGCACAACACAUUUUGCAGAAAUGGCGCACUAAUGUGGUGCAUUUGAACCUUCAUGGUUGUGCUAUACUACAUAGGCUUACUUUUAAAAGUAUAGGUCAGUGUAUGAAUUUACAAGAGUUAAAUGUUUCUGAAUGUCAAAGAUUAAAUGAUGAAUUAAUCAGACUUGUAGCAGAAGGUUGUUCAGCUCUCCUUUACUUGAAUUUAUCUCACACAAACAUUUCAAAUGGAACACUAGCACUUCUGCCUAG